CCUUGAUUCUUUGUACAGCAGGAGUGCAUCCAUUUUUAAUUCUCUUUAGUACGUGGUGGGGACUUUAGUAAUUAAGACUAUCCUCAAUAAGCAAACGUGAUUAAGCCAAUCACGUUUCAAGUGAGAGGGACUUGUGAGCUGUUCUUAAAAUGUCAGACAGAAUUAUUAUACGAACUGCAGAAUGAAAUGCUAGCCAAAACCUUCAAUCUAAGACGGGUUUCCGAACUAAAGGCAACUCAGAAGCAGUGGGGAGACGAAGUGGCUAGUAAUUUUGAUCAUUAAAAGAGCAACGUGAGUUAAAGAAAGGAAGAUCUAGAAAUUAGUGCAAGGUGUGAUGUCUGUGUCCGACUCACGGAAGGUUCAAACUCUGCCAAAAAGGAGGAUUAGCUAAGGGCGCCCUGAGGACAUUUAAGUGAUCGGUGGCAGAGAUGGGCCAGGGCACAAGCAGGGUGGAGGCGGACAGCGGCCUCCGAGCCGGCCUGCGGGACGCACCGCGAGGCUCAGCUUUCCGCGGGCGGUGAAAAGCAGGCGGGGAGCCCGAGGCUGAGAAGCGCCGGCGGGAGGAGGCGGGAGCCCCGGGCCGCUUGCGGCUCCUCCCCCGGCGCCUCUGCUAUUUGGGUCAGACGCGAAGGCCGCGCCGCCGGACCUUGGGACCCGCGGACUCCGGGGCUCCAGUCGGCUGUCCCUUCCCGCUCGUCCGCCCGCGGGCCCCGGUUCCUCCGGCUCCGGCCAGAGAAGCCCUCGUCGCGAACCCAGAAAUUAAAAGCCAAGAAAUGCCUCAUUCCACAAAGAAAGAGCUGAUCCUUGGCGUCAUGGUGGGAACUGCCGGAAUCAGCUUGCUGGCCUUAUGGUACCACAAGAUCCGCAAAACAAGAAUAACAAUGAACUUGCCGAAAUUUCUUUCCCUGGGUAAGAAAUUCAAUUCACUAACUUUGCAAGAUGAAACUCACAGUGAACAAGGAGCAUCAGCGGUCUUUCAAAGAAGACAACUUCAGAUCCUGGAAAAGUUGAAUGAAUUACUGACCAACAUGGAAGAACUUAAGGAGGAAAUCAGAUUUCUUAAAGAGACGAUUCCGAAGCUGGAGGAAUAUCUGCAGGAUGAACUCGGAGGGAAAGUAACAGUUCAUAAGAUCAGUCCUCAGCACAGAGCUAGAAAGAAACGGCCGACGACGGCUCCAAGCGCAGCAACAAACAAUAGCUCAGAGGAAGCAGAAAGUGAAGGAGGGUAUAUUACAGCUAACACUGACACAGAAGAGCAGAGUUUCCCUGUCGCUAAGGCUUUCAACACACACGUUGAAGAGCUGAAGCUGGAUGUCCUCCUCCAGAAGGUUGACCGUUUACGGAUAAACGAGGCUAACAAAGAAGAGAGUUUUGAGCUACUGUGUGACCACAAAGAAAAGUUCAGUGAGGAAAUAGAGUUUCUGUGGCGGCUUGCCCGAGCCUAUGGAGACAUGUAUAAACUAUCUACCAAUACACAAGAAAAAAAACAUUAUGCUAAUAUUGGGAAAACACUGGGAGAAAGAGCUAUCACCAGAGCACCCAUGAAUGGACAUUGCCAUCUGUGGUAUGCAGUUCUGUGUGGUUAUGUGUCUGAGUUUGAGGGAUUGCAAAACAAGAUUAACUGUGGACAUCUAUUCAAGGAGCAUCUGGAAAAAGCCAUCCAGCUCUUACCGGAAGAGCCCUUCCUGUACUACCUCAAGGGAAGAUACUGUUACAAUGUCUCAAAACUGAGCUGGAUUGAGAAAAAAAUGGCCGCUACUCUGUUUGGGGAAAUACCAUCUUCGACGGUUCAUGAGGCUUUGCAUAACUUCCUUAAGGCUGAAGAAUUGCAACCUGGCUAUUCUGUGUCCAACUACAUGUUUGUGGCCAAGUGUUACGUUGAUCUCGAGGAAUCUCAGGAUGCAUGGAAAUUUUGUAACUUGGCCUUAUUACUGCCUAUUGUUACCAAAGAGGACAAGGAGUCACAUAAAGAGGUGAAAAAAAUAAUCUCUUCUUUGAAGAGGUAAAUAUAAGAAUUUGUUCUUCAGCCAUCCCAAUACGGUCUUCUAGAGUUUAUCAAAAUUGUAUUUUUAUAAUCCUUUUGUCCUUAAUGUAAAGAUUAUGUGUUCUUAUUUGAUUUGAAAGUAUAAUACUGCCUUCCGCAGCCGCUGCACCGCAAAACAAAUCAUGAUGUUUGGAAACAGUAUUUAAUGUUAGUAUGUCACAAUCCCUAAACAUGUAUGCUUCAUUUUUUUUAUGUCAAUAAACUACAGUCUUUAGAAUAUUUGUGUAACAAAUACUUAAACAGUCUAAUAAACUGCACCCCAGUGAAUAUAAUCAUUGUGUCAAUAGAAUUUAUAAAAUAAAAUAAUUUCACUCGUAAGGAUGAAAACGUAGACACUGGGCACAGUUGGUAGAAAAGGAAGAACAAAAGAAGUAUAGCUAGUAAUCAGAGAAUUGUAAAUAAAAUUACAAUAAAAUACUGUUUACUA